UCUUCACUUUUCACCUGCUGAUUAUUUAAAACACUUUACAUUUGUAUUAAAGUUCAGUCCUGGAGUAAAACUUGUGGUGCUGAAGCGCACAGUCCGGGCUGUGGACCGUUUGGAGUCCCGGUGAAGCUGCGCGUAAAAAGGCGCGUCCUCGUUUGUCCGGUGAACAUCCGCAUCAGUUCCUCCACAUCUCCCUCAGCGAGCGGAGUCUGUCUCCGGUGUCCGGGCUGGAAGCACACAAACCGGGAUAUAAACGCGGAGCCCUGUGCGCGCGGAUCCAUCAGCUGUUUUUAUUCUUUGUGUCGACAUUUUUUAUGAUAUUUUUUUUCUGCGUUUCCGCGGAUCUAAACCGGAUCUCCGUUUGUGUAUUUGUUCUGACCCAGUCUGAGAUCACACCAUCCUGAGUGGACCUUUUUGUUUCUGGGUUAGUUUUUACCGAAAUUUUGCGUAUUUGCGCAUGAAAAAUAAAGUUUACAAGUUUUUGGCACAGAGUGACGCAGCUGAGGAGAAGAGCUCCACGCCGCAAUCUUCCUCAUGGCUUCGCCUUGACUGACAACCAUCUGGUCCCUCCUCUUACCGGGGAAAUCCUGGUUUUCAAUGGUCUACCAUCGAAACACCCUUUUGCUGCCUCUCACUCUGUAAGAGACCAUUCUUAAAAUCUCCCCUCGUCACCGCCAUGGAAGCUGCAUCAGAUGCACCUUGCCCGUCGGAGCUCAGCGGACUCCCCUGCAACCAGAGCACCGCCAGGACCUCGCCGUACACCCCGCAGGCCACCGCAGCCUUUGCCAUCAGCAUCACCUUCAUGAUGAUCGUGACCAUCGUCGGAAACAUCCUGGUCAUCAUCGCCGUCCUGACGUCGCGAUCCCUCACGGGGGCUCAGAACCUGUUCCUGGUGUCGCUGGCUGCGGCGGAUAUUUUAGUGGCCACGCUUGUUAUCCCCUUCUCGUUGGCUAAUGAGCUGCAGGGGUACUGGGCGUUCAGCUCCAUUUGGUGUGAAGUCUACCUGGCGCUGGAUGUUCUGUUCUGCACUUCCUCCAUUGUGCACCUGUGCGCAAUAGCACUGGACCGUUACCUGUCAAUCUCCCGGCCCGUGUCCUACGGCGCCAAACGUACUCCCAAACGGAUCAAAGCGGCCAUUAUUGUGGUUUGGCUGAUCUCGGCGGUCAUCUUUCCCCCUCUUUUCACCCAGGACAAGAGCAAAAGAAGGGAAGAGGUGUGCGAGCUGAACGACGAACGCUGGUAUAUCCUGUACUCCACUGUCGGCUCUUUCUUCGCCCCUUGUGUGAUCAUGAUUCUGGUGUAUGUUCGGAUCUAUCAGAUCGCUAAGCAGCAUACACGCUGCCCGCCCGGACAGAAGCAUAAUGCGUUAGCGGGAGGAAAGGCCAAUGUGGAAAACAGCAAGCCUACGGUGAAGUUAUCUGAGGAGUCACAACGGAACGGGAGCCAACAAGAAAAAACCUUCAUCAAAAUGUCUGACUUGGAUUCAACCCGGUCAUCGCUGCAUAACCCACUCAGGAAUACCACGAGCCCGGACACUCAUUUAAGUACCGUUCCAGUCAAAAAUCCACCUCAGUUCCCCAAUGUGAAAUCCUCACAGCUGUUCCCCACAAAGAGUCCCAAACACAUCCGACGAAGAGGCGAAGACUUCCCCGACAACACCUCCAGCUCCGAGGGAUCUGAGGGUGUUGGCGAGCAAGAUGCGAACAAGACCGACGAGCAAACCGCGGGAUCGUCCCAAAGCAGAGGGUUUAAAGGUCAGGUGCAAAACCUGGCCUGCAGAUACAAAAACACAAUAGCCACAUCGUCCGGCAUCAAACUGGUAGCAGAGGAAACACCACAGAUUCAGGGGACGCCCAUAUCCCGCCGCAAGGCGAUGGUGAACCGGGAGAAGAGGUUCACCUUCGUGUUGGCCGUAGUGAUGGGAGUGUUUGUGAUCUGCUGGUUCCCAUUCUUCUUCACUUAUUCUCUAAAGGCGGUGUGCCCAGAGACCUGCAGCGUCCCCGAACCUUUGUUUAAGUUCUUCUUUUGGAUCGGCUACUGCAACUCCUGCCUCAACCCGGUCAUAUACACCAUCUUCAACAAUGACUUCAGGAAGGCCUUCAAGAGGAUACUGUGCCGGGACACGAAGGGUACAUUCUUCUAGAAAGGGAAGUUUGUUUUGAAGCGCCGGCUUUCUGUGUUUGACCAGGACUCACCCUCUUCAGCAUCGACAUUUAAAGACUCGUACACUAAAGGAGGACAUUGUGUCCAUUUUCUCUCCUCUUAGUGUUCGUCUGGAUGCCGUUAUCUGAGUCACAGCAGCAGAUUUCAGAAAGCCACAGUCAAGCGGUUGAAUCAAUUAACUUUAAUGUUAUUUAAGAAUACGGCGUAAUUGUACAUUCAAUGACUCUGAUUUAAUUAUAUUUUGAAACGGAAGUCAAGAGAACACAGGGUCUGUGUUCAGUAAUUUAAAAGUGUUUUCGUGUGUUUGCAUGAGUUGCCUAAGGGUCUUACUGGAAGAGAACAAAUAUCACUAAGUGUCCUUUAUCGGAGAUAAAAUGGGCAGUCAAGAAACAAAAGAUCAGGAGAAAUGUGAGCGUCCUCUUCUCUGCGCCUCUGUUUCCCCUCUCGCUUGUUCUUCCUCCAUCUAAAGCUCUAUCUUGGGAUAAUGGAUGGAGAUUUCUCUCUCUCUCUCUCUGUAUUCCCUCGUCUCUUGGAUGUUACACCUCUCACUGGGAAUUGCUCAUUAGGUGACAUCCAGAGGCGUUAACGGAGGGGGGAAAACUAGAGCGAGAAUGAGCAGACGCUGCAUGAAAGAUGGCAAAAUCUACAUGUGAACGUGAUGUUCACUUCCCCCCCUCAGGCUUCCUUUAAUCUUUAAUCCUCCUUUAAUGUUAUUUUUCUCUCCUGAAAACUAAAAGUGACGUCAGCGCACGUUGAUUUAGGUCACUGGUUCUCAAACCGUGGGAACACUUUGAAUCGUCAAGUUUGCACUGGGUGUUUUAUUUUGAAAAUCAAACACAA